CCACAACCCACCGUCCCCCCCAACGGCCCUAAGGACUCUCUGCUCCUCGAACUGCACAUCUUCAACGGCCACCCCUUCAAAGACCACUGGGCAUACUGGAUCACUUCCCCAGAUGAUACCCUAAUCGGAGAUAAGAUCCAUGCAACUGGGGACGUGCGCAACGGGUUCAUUUUUGAGAUCAAGCGCAGCCACAAUCUCCGUACCAGUCCGGAUAUUCCGACAAAGCGGAUCCUAUUGCAGUGGGUGGAUGGGAGGUAUUUUGAUCAGAAGGUGAUGGAGGGACCGGAGAGGAUUGAGAAUGUGCCGGGUUGUGCCUUUGAGAGGAUUUUGUAUCAGGCGAAGGUGCCGGGGAAGUCGUUGAAUAGUGUUGGUGAGGUUGGGGUUGGGGUUGGGAGGAGGAUAGUGCAGAAGGAUUGUCAGACUUGGGUUGUGGAGUCGAUGGGGUGUUUGGUUAGGGAGGGGGUUUUUGGGAAGGGGGUGGAGGAGUUUGUAUGGAGUGUUAGGCAGUGA